GCAAUAAAAGCUGCAAGUCACAAAUGCAGAGAGUCAAGAAAGACAGCCCUGCGAGGAUGAACUCUUUCGUGAUUUUCACUUUGUUAUGCACAUGGUCAGUUUUUGCUUCAUCUCCACGUGACAAGUGGACAUCAAAACACUGCAGUUCAGAAAGUUCUAGCCUUUACGAUGUGCUCUGGGAUGACAGUCAGGUCAUUGCUGAUAAGACACUGGAGACUGAUUUCUUGAAACAAAUGGCAAAUGGAACCCUUGAAGCAGAACGAUAUAUAAACUUUACUCUUCAGGAUAUCUACUAUUUGGUGAAAGUCACAGAGUUACUAAAGGCAUUGAGCAUUCAGCCAGAGACACACACAGAUAUAAAACAAUUCAUUCUUGAUAGAUAUAACAGUUACAAGAAAUUUGCCGACUAUGUUUUAAAUCAAUAUCUUCUCAAGAAUGCAGAUGACAUCAAACCCUCCACUGCAAUAGCAGAAUACAUUCAGAGUUACAACGAUGUAAUGAAGGAAGAUCAUAUCUACUUUGCAGUUGCUCUUCUGCCCUGUGCCAGACUUUGGCUUUAUGUGGCUGAACAUCUUGAAAUAACCAAAGGUAGCCCAUACUACAGAUUCAAGAGUGAAAACGAGGUAGGCCACCCUGAAAAGCACUAUAAGGAUCUACUGGAAAACCACCGCAGCGAAAUAGAUGAAUCGAAAGCUAAGAAUAUCUUCCAAAAACACAUGAAACAUGAGUAUAACUUCUUCAGGUCAUCAUGAUUUCUGCUUUUCUGCUUGUCAGUCAGCUUGGCCCUGACACUGAGUACAGGACAGAUUAGAAAAAUUGUUAGAGAGUAACUAUUGGGUUCCUAUAAAUUGAGUUAUAUGCUCCCACAUGUUGUUGCGACUGUUUUAAGAAAGCUAUCUGUAUUACUAUUAUUAUUAUUACUCUUAAAAUCCUGACAACUUUUUGACACUUAUAAAUUAGUUAAAGUUCAAUGCACUCUACUCCAGGCUCACAGCAGUACAAAGUGCCAAGGCACAAAGGUGUGUGGCCUGUGAACACUGCAGCAAAACCACUGUUUACAGGGUAGCGCAUGAACUGCAGCAUCUCGCCUUUUUUGUUGAGUUCUAGAACAUGAGUCGUUACUGUGUGUCAUAAAAUGGCUUGGGAGCUAUCUGCAUCCUGAUUGAAUUAUUACAGAAUAACUAGCAGAAAAAAUAAACCUAUAUUCAUUUUUAAAUAAAAAUGCAUCUAUAUCUUAAUUUAAAAAAAAUAGUAACCCAUUUUAUAAUAGCAAUACGACAUGACAGGGUGUUGGUUGUGCUGGAAUAACUACACUUCCAGGGGCUGAAGACACUCAACCUACAGCCUUGUGCCUUACUACACCCCUGGGCGUGCGGUUAUUAUAGUGUAACCAACACCCUGGAGUGUCUUACUGCUUAUAUACUUCACGUGGGUAAUAAUAAUAAUAAUAAUAAUUAUAAUAAUAAUACCCAAAUAGUUACUCUUUAAAAUUCAGGGGACUGAGGCAGUAAUUAAUGUUUUGUGCAUCAGGCCAACUUUUUCUUUAUAUCUGAAUUAGUAAUUGUGUUAAAUAUUUAGCAGGUAAUGAUUGUGGCAUGUGGCAUGACAAGUGGCAUGUCCGGCACAUUCAUGGCCAUCCUUUUGCUUUUCUACAAUUGCUUUAUAAAUAAUUUGAACAAAAACGAUUGCAUGAAUUUCUAAUGGGAGGUACUGAUGUACGCAGUGGGUGUACAAGUGCUAUUUUUAACAUGAACAUUGUUUCUAAUACAUUUUUAAACAUUUCUUAAAAGUAAUGUUACCAAAACAAUAUUAUUUUUUCUAGAACCUUGUUUGGCUGUAUUGUUUACAAAAUAACAAAACUGUAUUUUAACUUUUCCUAUCUGGUUUCUUCUUUAUUAUUAUUUUUAAUCACAAUAUAAACACUUGAUUUGUUUCAAACUUUUUCAUAUAACCUUCACUUUCCUUUUACUUACAUGUAUUACUAUUUUACAUUUCAGAUAGUCUAAAUAAACUUUGAUUUCAUUA